UGAUGAUGAUGAUGAUGAUGAUGAUGAUGAUGAUGAUGAUGAUGAUGAUGAUGAUGAUGAUGAUGAUGAUGAUGAUGAUGAUGAUGAUGAUGAUGAUGAUGAUGAUGAUGAUGAUGAUGAUGAUGAUGAUGAUGAUGAUGAUGAUGAUGAUGAUGAUGAUGAUGAUGAUGAUGAUGAUGAUGAUGAUGAUGAUGAUGAUGAUGAUGAUGAUGAUGAUGAUGAUGAUGAUGAUGAUGAUGAUGAUGAUGAUGAUGAUGAUGAUGAUGAUGAUGAUGAUGAUGAUGAUGAUGAUGAUGAUGAUGAUGAUGAUGAUGAU